GAAAUUACAAGAAAUACAGAUCUCUCCCUGCCAGACCACAGGAAUCUCAAGACAUUUCCACUGUCUAUUUUUGGGCACCACCCCUGGAAAACAUAACAACAUCCCGGAGAAGAAAAGCCAAUGAGGGCUCUAAUACUGCUCUCCCUCUGCAGCGUUGCACAUUGUACUGCUGGGCUCCCUGGAUCAGACACCCAAGAAAAUGGAAAAGGAUGUCCAUCUCCAGCCUGGGUUGGGUUUAACAGCAGCUGUUACACUUUCCUUCGCAUUACACCAAAGAACUUGUUAAGUAUUGAACCUGCUCAAGAACUUUGCAAAGCCUAUGGUGCCAACCUUAUAAGUAUCAUUACCGAAGAGGAAAACACAUUUGUUUUAAAGUUGUUUCAAGCUCAAUGGAAGGGCCCUGAUAAAAUCUUACUGGGCAUGUUCUACGACAGUGAUGACAACUCUAUGAAAUGGCUCGACCAGUCUGAAGUGAGGUUCACAAACUGGAGAGAAGAGAAGAAUCCUAACAAUCUAAUCACUUGCACCACAAUGAGCACAAUCACAGGGCUGUGGGAUCUCAUCGACUGUGAAAAUGUGGCUGAAAUGGGAACUUUGUGUAAAAAAACAAAUGCCCAAAAUGAGAAUACCUUACCAGAUCUAAGGGCUUUAACAAUCACCCUGAUCAUCUUUAUAGUUCUUGUCGUUCUAAGUGUAUCGGCAGUACUCUUGGGACUGUAUAGGAGAAGCUCUACAGGAUUUCUAUCAAGGAACUAUACCUUAGCCAGCGAGGUUCUUCCUUACUCAGAUCAGCGUGUAUUAGUGGACACAGUGGCAAUGGAGGACUCUGCUGCCUAGGACAGUGGUGCUUAAACAAUGGGACUGGCCCACAGGGGAUACAAAUCACUGAAAUGUGUGGACAGCCUGAAGGAAUUGAGAUUAAUGAUUUACUGUCUUGGACAAUCCUGGAAAUAUAGCAGUGAACUUUGUGUAAAAAUA